AUGGCCGAGCCUGAUGAUCCACUUGUGGUUAAUGUGGUGGGACGCCACAAGGAGCGCGAGAACCAGGAUCUUCAAGGUGAGUACCACAUGAUCGGUAUGGUGCAUGGCCGUCCUGCUUAUCGCAAGCCGGGUACUAGGACAGUGAUCCGGUAUUGGCCGGUUGCAGACCGCUGGCUGAUAGACCGAGAGGGCGUCCAGGAGUCUGACAUUUGCAAUGCCUAUGCAGAGCAGGGUGGGGCGAGACACCCUGCAGUCGAGGAGCUUGUAUGGCGCGUUUGGGAGUCGCAGCAUCGGCAACAUAUCCGUGAUCCUGAGUUUCUCGUCACGGCAGCGCCGGGCACCAUCCAAGUGCUGGGGCGUGCCGCUGGAAAGGAGAACUGGGCUCUAAAUGGUGAGUACAAGCUGAUUGGACUUCACCAGGGCAAAGUCGCUUACCAGAAGGCAGGCAAGUUCAAGCACGCCAUCCGAUACUGGCGAGUUGGCGAUAGGUGGCUUAUUGACUUGGAGGGCUUGCGAGAUGUGGACAUCUGCAAUGCUUAUGCGGAUGCUCAGAGCACCAGCUAUCCAGGUGAGAUUCGCCUCCAGUGGCAUAUCUGGGAUUCAACCAGGCAGCGUCACAUACUAGACAGCAGUCUUUGCACUCUGGUGACGCCAUCUGUCAUCGAAGUGGUCGGCCGGGAGUCGCCAAAGGAGAACACAGCGAUGAACGGCAGCUACCACUUGGUGGGCCUCCACGCAGGGCAGCCGGCCUACAUGAAGGCUGAUGGAAGCGGUCAUGCCAUCCGAUAUUGGCCACGGGAGGAGCGGUGGCUUAUCGACUUGGACGGCUUGCGUGAUACAGAGAUCUGCAAUGCUUAUGCGGAAGCAGGUGGAACAGGUGCGCACAUGCAUCCUGGCCACCUCAACCUUGUGUGGCACGUCUGGGAAACGAGCCGUGGGCGGCACCUCACGGAUCCAGCGGUGCGCUCGUUUGUUGCGCCGCAUUUCGUGAGAAUAUCUGGCCGGGACCCGUACAAAGAAAACUCGACGAUCAACGGUGAUUACGAGCUGGUCAAGAUCGUUGAGGGCAAGCCUGCCUACAAAAAGGCAGAUAAUGACCAUGUGAUCCGAUUCUGGCCAGCAGAGGAGCGAUGGAUCAUUGACCUCGAAGCUGGAUUCCAUGGCGGAGAUGUCGCGAACUCCUUCGCGGAUGCCAAAGGUGCAGAAAAUCCUGGCAACAGCGAGUUGCUAUGGUACGUUUGGGAAACGAGUCGAGGGCGCCAUGUGCCUGACGAAGACGUCAUUGCCGACGCGGUCUGGCUUCCUCCUGUAGACUGGUCCAAAGUGCCUGGAGUCUCUGAUUGCCCCAACCUGGUCUGCAAUUUCCCAAUCGUCUUUGAAAUUCGGGAUGCAUGCACGUGCAGCUCGCGAAUUCCGAUGGCCGUGACUUCUUUCUUCCCCUUCGUUCAGCUUGAUCUGACUCUCGAACUGAAGUGUGCUGGCCACUGGGCUGCCAUGCUCGGAGAGGCCAAUGCUACAGUGAGUGAAUCAGCAGACGAGGCCGCGAAGCCGAAGGGGAUCUCAAUGGAUGCGCCCAAGAUUGCGAUAUUGUGCAUCUUCGCCGGCGCCAUGCUGUCCUGGAUUCUGGCCACCAUCAAAUGGGCCGCUGAUGGUUCGCUGCCUGCAAGGCUUGCGGUAUGGGGAUUGCUGCCUGAGGCCUUUGCCGCCAUCAGUGUCCGCGCUGUGGCUGCACUGCUGCGAUUGAAGAGUGGCUCCACGCCGGUGCUGGCACUGAAGUCGUGCGUCAGCGAUGGCAAUGCCGGGGAACUGGCCGAGGCCUUGCGAGAACAUGGCAAGCGGGCUGAGCUGGUGGCGCUGGAGCUUCCCUACAACCAUGAGCUAAGCGAAGCAGGCGUCCAACAGCUGGUCGCCGCGGUUGUUGAAGCGGAGGUGGCCUUGGAGGAUCUGGACCUCUCCUUCAAUGCGCAGCUAGGCGACGCGGCUGUGCGAGUCGUGAAGCCUCUGUUGACAUUGCAGGGCCGGCUUUCGACUCUGAGACUGGUAGACUGCGGCCUGGGCCACGAUGGGCUUGCGCUGCUUGCAAAGGAGGCAACCAGGCUCCGACUGAACGUUCUGCACCUUUCUGCAAACAAACUGACCGGCCUUGGUGAUAUCUUGGCAGAGGUCAUGGAGGCUCCAGUGCUGGAGGACCUGGCUUUGGUGCAUUGUGGUCUCUUGCUGGAGGACCUCACCAGCAUUGCUGAACAACUUCCAUACACCUCUUUGAAGUCUAUCCAGCUGGCCAGCAACAGCAUUGACAGCUCUGGGCUGAAGGUCUUGGCUGAGAACUUGCCGAAAUCUUCGCUGGAUGAGAUCGGUCUGGAGCAGAACCUUCUAAAGUCCGAGGACUUGAGUUGUCUUGGCACAGCAUGGGCGAAGCGGCCCUUUUCUCGGCUGCGGCUUGGCGGGAAUUCCGUCAAGCAGGAGGAGGUCGCGAACUUCAUCAAGACGUUGCGUCUGCUCCAAGCGUGA